CGGCCCGGCAGGGAGCGAGCGAGCGAGCGAGCCCCGGAGCGAGCGCGGUGGGGAAGGGAGCCGCGCACGCCUGCCUGCCGCUGCGCCCCGGGGAGCAGCUCCAUCCCUGCCCCGCUCGCGCCGCGCUUCCUUCCACCGGGGGCCGCAGCUGGAGGGGCCGGGGCUGCGGAGCGGGGGCGCAGGAGAUACAAAGCCGCGGCCGCUGCAGGGCAGGCAGGGGGAGAGACAGACACAAGGGGGCAUCCUGCAAAAGGGAGCUACCUCCCCGGGGGCCGCGGAGCCCCCCAUCUACCUUCAAGGUAGAGCCAGCUGGAGACCACCCGUCACACUCCCCCCCGCGUGGAGGACAGCCACCUGGACACUGACUCUGGGUGUUACCUCCCACCCCCCAGGGGAAAUCUAGUCCAGCUCUUGGAAGCAAUUGAAAACACUCUUCUUCCCCCCCCCCCUUUUUUUUUUCGCGGAGGGACAAAUCUGGACAGUGUUCGUUGUCAUCUCCCUCCUAACUAUUAGCGAUUUCCACCCAAAGAGGAAUAAGUCUUGGAAAUAAACCUACCAAGAGGGGGUGAAAUCUAGGGGAGGAAAAGAUUUUUGGAAGUUGAUCCACGCCCCCCUCCUCCCGUUUUUGUUUUGUUUUGUUUUGUUUAGGACAUUUAAAAAAUUCUUAUUCUGCAGGGCACAGGUUCCCAGCUUCCUAGGAAAUCCUCUGGACGGUGAGGAGCUGAUUUGAAAGAAUAAUAAUAAUACAAGGAUACAGCUGGGCCCUGUUUGCUUUUCCUGGUUUUUGUGUGUGAAGAUGCUAUCCUACAGCGUGCUGGACGCAAAUGUGGUGGAUGUGGAGAAAAGGAGAAACCCUUCUAAGCACUAUGUAUAUAUCAUAAACGUAACAUGGUCUGACUCAACUUCCCAGAUCAUCUACCGGCGAUACAGCAAAUUCUUUGAUCUGCAGAUGCAGCUUCUGGAUAAAUUCCCCAUUGAAGGAGGCCAGAAAGACCCCAAGCAGAGGAUCAUCCCCUUUCUACCAGGUAAAAUCCUGUUCCGGAGGAGUCAUAUUCGAGAUGUAGCUGUGAAGAGACUGAAGCCCAUUGACGAAUAUUGCAGGGCACUCGUCAGACUGCCGCCUCACAUUUCACAGUGUGAUGAAGUCUUUAGGUUCUUUGAGGCUCGACCAGAGGACAUUAACCCUCCGAAAGAGUGCUGAUGCUAGUUCUGAACCCAUGAUCCUGGAGCAAUAUGUGGUGGUGUCCAGCUAUGAGAAACAGGAGAACUCGGAGAUCAGCCUUCAGGCUGGGGAAGUCGUGGACGUAAUAGAGAAAAACGAAAGCGGUUGGUGGUUUGUGAGCACAGCAGAGGAACAGGGCUGGGUCCCUGCCACAUACCUGGAAUCCCAAAAUGGCACUAGAGAUGAUUCAGAAAUUAACACAUCCAAAGCUGGGGAAGUUUCUAAGCGACGCAAGGCUCACCUGAGACGCCUGGACCGGCGAUGGACGCUGGGCGGGAUAGUCAACAGGCAGCAGAGUCGAGAAGAGAAAUAUGUCACAAUCCAACCGUACACCAGCCAAGGGAAGGAUGAGAUUGGGUUUGAAAAAGGGGUCACCGUGGAGGUCAUCCAAAAGAACCUGGAAGGAUGGUGGUACAUAAGGCAUCUAGGUAAAGAAGGCUGGGCCCCAGCAUCCUACCUGAAGAAAGCUAAAGAUGAUCUUCCGUCUAGGAAAAAGAACUUAACUGGGCCAGUGGAAAUUAUAGGCAACAUUAUGGAGAUCAGUAACCUGCUGAACAAGAAACCAUCCAGUGACAAGGAAACCCAAGCGGAAAACGAGACGGCAGAACCCCACAUCACAAAGAAAGAAAUUAGCUUGCCCAUCUUGUGCAAUGACUCUAAUGGCAAUGCCAUGAUGACCUCAGACAAGCAGGCUUCGAAACUGGCUCAGGGAUCCCCUGCUGUAGCGAGGAUCGCACCACAAAGAGCUCAAAUAAGCUCUCCAAAUCUAAGAACUAGGCCUCCACCACGGAGAGAAUCCAGUCUGGGCUUCCAGUUGCCUAAACCACCUGAGCCGCCAUCAGUGGAAGUGGAAUACUACACCAUUGCAGAAUUCCAGUCUUGUAUUUCUGACGGAAUAAGCUUUCGUGGAGGACAAAAGGCAGAGGUUAUUGAUAAGAACUCUGGUGGCUGGUGGUAUGUACAGAUUGGAGAGAAAGAAGGGUGGGCUCCAGCAUCUUACAUUGAUAAAAGGAAGAAGCCCAAUUUAAACAGAAGAACCAGUACUCUAACCCGACCCAAGGUCCCUCCCCCAGCACCUCCCAGUAAACCAAGAGACACAGAAGAAGGGACAGCUCCUGGGACUGUUUCAUUAGGAGAAGCCCAGGACUCCCCACAAAAGCUCAGAUAUGAAGAACCAGAAUACGAUGUACCUGCCUUUGGCUUUGACUCAGAGUCUGAGGUGAAUGAGAGCCAUGGAGAUGAUAGUUCCUUGGAAAAACGUCUGUUUCAGCCACUCAAGCCGUCCCCUGUCUCAUCCCUGCAGAGGGCAAAGUUCAGAGUUGGUGAGUCUUCAGAGGAUGUUGCUCGUGAAGAAGAGAUCAUCUAUGAAAAUGAGGGAUUCAGACCUUAUGUGGAGGACACUUCUUCAUCAUGUAAAGAAUCCAGCGGAGACUCGGAUUCCCAAAAAAGCUCCUCUCUCUCUCUAAUCCGAAGAAACUCUCCAUGCUCCAGUUCUCCCAAAUCAUCGCUCCUGAAGCUCAAAUCUGACAAAAGCCUUCAGCCCGAUCUUGGAAAAUGUCACUACUCCAAGAAUGACGAGAUAAAACCUAGAUCAGCCUCAGAUGUUGGCUUACAUAGCAUGCCAAGAACAAAUGCAAAGAAGGAGCCUGGACAAAGCCCCUCAACCAAAGCAAAGCCAAUGGUUAGACCUAAACCCUUUCUCAAUAAGGCAGAUUCUCAGAGCCAAGAAAAAAUGGAUAUCAGCACUUUAAGGCGUCAGCUGAGGCCAACUGGGCAGCUCAGAGGUGGACUUCAAGGUUCGAGAAGUGAAGAGUCUGAAAGCCCUCCCCAAAUAGCUCCUGAGAGCCAAGACGACUCUCUUAGAAGAAGCUCUGCAGAUCUCAUUACAUCUCCUUCCCAUGCCAUUUUUUGCUCUAACCAUCCAGCCAAGACAGAGCAAGAGAAUGACACAAAAUGUUUUUAUGUGACCUCUGACUCUUACCAAAAGGUUCAGGAUUCUGAACUCUGCUUCCCAGCAGGAGUGGAAGUGGAAGUGUUGGAAAAGCAAGCCAGUGGAUGGUGGUACAUGAAGUAUGGAGAUAGGGAAGGGUGGGCUCCUUCCCACUACCUGGUACUUGCCGAUAACCAACAACGAGAAACCUCAGAGACCGACAUCUCGCUGGCCAGGAACAGAAGAAAUGAAAGCAAGUCAAACAGCUUGGAGAAGAUAGAGAAAAGAGUUCAGGCUUUGAACACCAUCAACCAGAGCAAAAGAGCAAUGCCCCCCAUUCCAAGCAAACCCCCUGGCGGCUUUUCCAAAACUUCAGGGGCUGUGAAAAUGAGGAAUGGAGUGAGACAGUUAGCAGUGAGGCCACAGUCUGUGUUCGUCUCCCCGCCCCCAAAGGAUAAUAACCUGUCCUGCUCCCUGCGCAGGAACGAAUCCUUAACUACUACAGACCAUCUAAGGGCUGUCCGCCGGAAUUCCUCUUUCAGCAGUGCGCGAUCACAGCCCGGUGACUCGAAGGCAAAGCAGGCUGAUCAAUCGGGCAUAGAGGGAUUGGAGACAACCUCCAACCUAUCCACUCAGCGCAAUGGAAUCCCGGUGUCCACUGUCCAGCCAAAGCCCCUUGAAAAAUCCCAGUUCAUCCACAACAACCUCAAGGAUAUCUACGUUUCCAUUGCAGACUAUGAGGGGGAUGAAGAGACAGCAGGGUUUCAGGAAGGUGUCUGCAUGGAGGUCCUGGAAAGAAACCCAAAUGGUUGGUGGUACUGUCAGAUCAUGGAUGGUGGGAAACCAUUUAAAGGCUGGGUGCCCUCAAAUUAUUUGGAGAAAAAAAAUUAACGUUGCAAUAUCUUUAAAUUCCCUAAUUUAUACUGUUCCUGCUGUGAACAUCUGGAAAAAAAAUUGCUACCCACAAAAUUUUUCCCCCCCGUGCUCUAGUUCGUGCAAAGGGACUGACUGAUUAAGCUGUGCUGUGUUUGCAGAGCUUUAUGGGGUUAACGUGGCCUGAAGGAAUUGAAGCAAAGAAAAAGAUACAGCAUAGUCAAAUGCCCUUUUUUUGGAAGCUGUUAAUAAUCUGUGUGUAACAGGGUUUGAUAUCCCAUCUUUCCUGUUAAUGGUAGGAAACCAAACGUGUGCCUUUGCGAGAGAUACAAACUGAUGCAUCCACUUGAGGAAAUCGUUGGUGGGAGUUUAGUGCCAAACUUAGACAUUUUAGAAUCUCGGCUUCCUCUCUCCUUCCUCUCAUCUCCACAUGGAAUAUCCAGAAGUUUUGAAUGUGUUUUCACAACUUUUAACUGUGCAAAGUGAAUGGGAAUUUGAUUCUAAAAUACAGAAGAGAACCCCAGCCCUUUCUAGAAGCUCAGAUUUUUCACUCUUCUCAACAGUCAGUUCCAGGGUUAGAGGCUUUUCAUCGUGGAGAGAUUUGGUCUCUGACUUCAUCCGCGGUUUGUCAUUAUUACUAAACCUCAGAAAUGACGUUCAGGAGGCGUUGGGGGUUUUUUUUUUUUUUGUUUUUUUUUUGCUGCCUUUUGUUCUGUCUCUAGACUCUUGAAUUGAGACUCCAGGUGUUCUUAUGGCCUGUAGGGCUACCAGGUGCUUGCAAACACACCACAAAAACAAACCUAUGGACACAACUUUGUGAACAAUGAUUACUUUAAAUACUCCUUGUUUAGUUCAGUGUGGUGACUCCUGCCAAGAGAUCCAGGUUGAUUCUCUUUCCUGAGCUGUGUUUUUCCAAAUUGUCACAAUUUUUAAGUAUUCAAAAUGCCUCUGAGGCCUCCAAGAAGAAAAGCAAUCAAUUGCGUUACUCCUGUUUUCACUAUCAGAUACAGAUUGGAGCACGUUCACAGGACCCACAAAGCUGUAAGUUAGAAACAGCCAUAAUCUGUUGCAGCAUCAGUGUUUACAAAGGGGGCGGUGGAGAAGCCAUGGAAUUCAGUCUGCACAAUCUUUAAUUUGUAUAUUUUGGGGGAGUUGUUCUUUUUGUCUUUCCUGUGCAUUCUGGGUAUCUUUUUUUUUUAAUUGUGCAUUGGUUUACCAAAAAACUUUUUUUUUUUUUUUUAAGUGAAAACUAAAGUAGGAGUCAAUUUUGUGAUUGGAUUCCCACUUGAAUCCAGAAAGUCCAUUUGUACUGCAAAGAACGUAUGGGAUUUUCAAGCUCAGAGAUCUAAUAAAGCAAUUAAGGCUACAAUGUGACGAACCAAAAAACUGCCUCUUCCCCUCCCCACCCCCACUUUUCCUUCAUGUUAUUUAUAACUCUAAUGCUUUAAAACGUGACCCAGGGGUGGUGGGGCGGGGAAUAUACAACCAUUUGGAAAGGGCUUGGAUUACAGACGUGUUCCUGAGGUAGCCAGCUAUUGUACUGUAAGCAUCCGCCACUAUAAAUCCAUACUGUACUCGAGGAAGUCUUGCUUUUGACAGUUUUUUGAUGGGCUCGUUAACCAUUUAAGUGAAGAUCCAUGUCCAGUUUCUUUAAAUAAGAGGCAGCAUUUUUGUGUCCUGUUUUAAAGGGGGAAAAUCAAUUCUUUCACUGCUGGUGUAUUACACACAAUGAUGCAUGCCCUUUUAUUUUCCAGCCAAACUUCAUACCAAUUAUCAUUUGGCAUUGGGAAGAUAAAGGGUCUGACUUAGCUGCAAUCCAACCUGGGGUGGGGCCUAAAAUAGCACAGUAUUAUUGAGUGUGUUGUAGAGAGUGUUUUCUCUGCCAAAAAAAAAAACAAAAAAAAAAUACAAUUUACAAGUUGUUCUUGUCUUUAUUUUUUUUUUUUUUUUUUUUUUGUGAUUUGGGGUUUUUUAACUAAUCCGCACGAAAACUUUAAGAGAAAGAUGCCUACAGUUGACAUGACUGACAUACCUUUGCUAGCUGAAAAACCAUUACAUUGCAAUCAAAGGCUGCGAAUGGAGUUUUGUGGAAGCCGUUAUGUCCACAAGUAAUGGUGGGGGAGGGUGUUCUACUUGGAUCCAACGUAAGUCAGGAGGGGGAGGUGCAUCUACACUACAGCCCAUAUCAAAAUGUGUAGAGUCCUCUCUCUGCCUUUAUGUUUUACUGUAUAUAUAUAUAUAUACCCAGUUAACCACAUCUUACUGGAUGUCUGUCUGAGGCGCUGCAGUCCCAUCUCUCAUGCUUCUACCCAUUUUUAGUUGUACUAAUAUGGUAGCAGUCAUUAAAGACUGCUGGAGCUGUUGUGAGAUUAUAAUAGAAGUAUUCUAUUCUUCUGCUGGACAGUAUUAAAUAGAGCAAUACAUAGUUAUCUGCUAGAUUGCAGUACUAACAGUAGUGACUUAGUGACUUGUGUAAUGUUGUUUUGAUUUACUUUAACAAUAAUGAUGCGGAAGUGGUUCAUUAUUUUGAAUUAAUGCACUUUAACAAUAAAAAAACCAAAAUGGAAGUCAACACAGCGAACUAAGUGCAUUAUUUAAAGGUGCAGUAUAUAAUUGUUCAUUUUUUAAAAAAAGCAUGUAUUUAUUAAAAUUAAUUUAUAAUUAUUUAAAAAUAUGCUAAAGUUUUGUUUUGACAGCACUUUCAUGCUGUCCUCUCCCGAGGAGACAAAAAACACAGCUCCCAAUACUUCUGCAAUGAGCCACUGAACUCUCAAAAUACAGAACAGCAUGACUUGAGUUCUUGCCAAGAGAGAGACAUUUCUGAUUAGAGAGCAAACCAUUUAGGAAUAUUCAGCUUGUAUCCAACGAGGGAAAGGCCACCGAUGCAAAGAAUCUCUGAGUGGGAGGAGACCUCUGAGGCCAUUGAAGCCUGCACUGGGACUGGAUUGAUUUCAUUAACCCAAAUCUUCCCCUUUCUGCAUGGGUGUCAGGGUAGCUUUGAACACCUCCAUGAGCCUGGGCCCUGAAUGAGGUGGUGGAAUUACUGAGGUGCUCAAACCCUGCUAUGACCUGGUGGUACUCACAGGCUCAGGCCAUUGGAAUCGGGGCCAUUGUUAAACUUUGUAACUAAAGUCAUGGUGUCGCAUCCCUCCCUAAAUAUUUCCCACUGCACCUUAAACCAGAGUUGCUUGUUCUGCCCUAAUUGAGGGACUUGGUUUGGUCUUGGUCUUUGCAUGUACAUUGUGCCCAGCCAGUUAUCAACAGCACAGUUGGCUGUGGUGUAGAAUGAUAUCAGUAUCUGCAAAUGCUGGUGUCUUGCACGGGAUUUCUCCAGCAUCUGUUCUGCUCCCCAACUGAUGAUUAUUCCUGUGAAGCUUCUUUCAGAUUUCAAAGGAGAAGGCAGAGUUGAGAAGUUCAGAUUCUGGGUAAUAGCCCCCUCCCCAUAAAAACUACACCCACGUACGCCCAACAGAAUGGAAAGUGACAAAUGCACUUGAAUCUAAACGAGAGCGUUUGUGGCUCAGACAUGCAUCUGAGCCAGAUGACCCGCUAUUCGGGAAUGAUCAGAUCUAGGCUUCACUUAAAUUCGAAGGUUGUGUCGUAAUUUUCAGGUUAAAAGGAUGUUUUACAAAAGCAACAACAUUAGUCUACAUACUGUUGUCGCCAGACUUCCCUCCCGCACUUUAAGAACACUGGAUCUGAAAGAAAUUAGAGAAGGAUGUGUCGAGUUUUAUAUUUGAGGGCAGCACUUUUUGGGUAGUCAGUCACUGUUUCCCUAUGUAGCCAGCUAUUUCCCCCGCGGCUUGUUAAGAUCUUUCAUAAAGUGACAGAGGAGGGAAGCUCCUUCUCCCCUCCCUCCCUUCCUCCUCCCCGCCGCCCAAAGAAAUAGGAAAAUUUGAUUGUAAAACAACAAAUUGGCAGGGUGACUCGGGGAAGAUGAAGGAAGAGUACAUGGCCCUUUAAUUUUUUGUACUGAAUUUACCAAAACUGACACUGUGACUUUGAACAAUUUUUAAAUGUAUGUGUGAACCUUACUUUAUAACAGCAAAUACAUAAUUCUAUCGUGGUGUUUAAAAAACAAACCAACUUGAAGCAAGUGUAAAAAAAAAAAAAAAAUAUGGAGAGCUACUGAAGUAUUUUGCGGAAUCAGAGUGCCCUCUUGUGGUAGGAGGAGAUGCAUGCUGCCAUUCUAUUGGGUUAAAUGAUUGCUUUGAUCAGCCAGCCAUGCUUUCCAAAAAGUAAAAUGUGGAAAUUGAACCUGCAAAAGUCCAAAAUGCAGUUCAAUGAUACCAAAUUUACAAAUGUGAAUUUGUCUUGCUGUAUACUGCAACUUUAAUAAUAAUGAGCACUUCUCAGUUCGUUAUUGAGGUUUAUAUAAUGCCGGAAAAGCUUUCUUAAUCCCCAAAAGAAUUUUUCCAAAUUAACUUUUUUUUUUUAACUUAAAGGCCAUUCCUAUUAAUUGGCUUAACCUUUAUGCCUUGCAAAAUGUGCAUCAAUGACUGUUUGUAAAACCCAAUCUCAAUGCAAAAGACUUUAAAUAUACACUACCUGGUAUUUUAACUGAUACGUAUUGAUUGCAAGUCAUCUUAAAAAAAAAAAAAAAAAAAGUGUACCAUAGUUCGAAUUUUAGCAAGGAUUGGAUAACUAACGGCCAAACUUUGUUCAUAGUUGAACUGGUGUAAAUGGAAUUACUCCAUAUUUACACUGGUAUAACUAAAAUCAGAAUUUGGGCCUCAAAAGAUUCCUUCUAGAGCAAUGCUCUAGUUCUUGACGAAGGCAUUAUAUAAUUUGUUUUUAAUCACUUUCAGAUCUUAGUGCAGCAUAUGUUAUUGUCAUAUAUAUUCAUUGCUUUCCUCAGUUAAAAAGAAAAGUUACUGCUUUUAUCAUUUAGGAGAAACACAAGGGAAUUUGGUAAAGCAUUCAUUAUUUUUAUGUUACUAGUAUUAACAGAGUAGAAUGUGUACUGUUUAAUUUUAGGCCUUUUUAGGCAGCUUGUUAAUAAUUCGUAUUUUGCUGUGUCGUAUCUUACUAAUGUUUUUAUUACAUUUUCCCCCCAAAUACUCUGCAUUCUCAAGAAAAAAAAAUCCAAUGAGUGGAUAAGUGCAAUAUUCACAGAAUAAACAGGCCCCUCAUCCAGGACUUGGAGUAGAGCGCACAGUGUGAAACAUCUGUCAUUUUAAGUCAUGCACUCGAGAAAAUUUUGGAGGAAUCGGAAGGGAGGGGGGGUCAGUUGGAAGGAAAUACAACUCGGGUACAUAUGGAUUGUUGACUGUUGGGGUUUUUUUAUAGAAUGACUGUUUCAUAAGCAAAACACCUAUUAGCAAAAAUGCAGUGAUUAUACAUGCAUGUUGCAAGAGUGAUGGAUGGAAUAUGCAAGAAUGUUCUUAAUUAGGCAUGAUACCUGUAUUACCCUUUAAACACAUCCUUGUAUCAUCUAUCCCUGAUCUUUCUCUUUCUCCAGUACAUAUUUUUUUCAGCAAAUUCCCCAGGCUAAACUUCUAAAUUUAUGGUAAUUUAGAAAGGGAUAAAAUUCUUCAUGGUUUAGGCCUAGGUUUCAAUCGUGUCCUGCACACGAAAGCUUAUGCCCAAAUAAAUCUGUUAGUCUUUAAGGUGCCACCAGACUCCUUGUUGUUUUUGUAGAUACAGACUAACACAGCUACCUCCAAUACCUGUCCUUUGUGUUUAUUAAUAGGGCCAUGUGACUUCUCCCUUCAUUUUUGUCAAACCAAAAAUAAUUCACUAUUCUCUCUGUGGUGACUUCUUACCUGUGAAAUUUCACAGUGGGAUUGUUACACUGAAACAGGAAAGUUGGCAUUUUGACUUCCUAUUCUGUUGUGAAAAAAAUAAAAUUAAUAAUUUUGGAUCUGAAAUUUUGACACUCUUCCUUUUUGAAAUUUCCAAUUCAAGUUUUCGAUCUGGGGGACUAUUUUGAGUGGAAAAUGAACUCAUUUUCAUCUAAACAGCUCUAGUUUCAAAUAAACUGCAAAAUCUCAUAUCCUUGGAAAACUGGUUUCUUUUCACGAUGUUCAAAUGAAAUGCGAAAACCAGAGCUUCGGGCUCUCAGACUUCAUUGAACGUACUUCAUGUUGCCCAGGUUAAUAUGAUUGCCACUUGCACUACAGCUUAGUCUUCCCCCCCUCCCCCCCCAGUUCACUGCUGCCCUACUAUUACUUAUGCUCUUCUCAGAAGCUUGUCAUGUUGUAGGCAAGUCCUUUGCAUUUAAAUAGCAAAACUGAGCUCAGCUGACCAUCUUCUUCCAAAAUCCUGUAGGUAUCCUUUCAGGGCAGGAACUGAGAGCUUAACGGAGUAACCUCAUUUCAGUUUGUGGGGAGAGGUCUUGAUUCUCCUCUCAUACUUUCCAUACAUCAAGAGUAGCUCCACUAACACCCACACAGUUACCCUGAAAUAAAACCAGUCUAAGAGUCAGGCCCUGAGGACAAAGCCUUAACGUAACUCUGCUGUUGGACUUUUUUGGUGGGAAUUUCUUCCCCAGAACUUCAAAGCAAAAUUGAGACUCUGAUUCGAAAACUGCUAACAAGAUGACAUACAAUGAUCCCCUUCACAGGUGGUCGUACUUAACGCUUUAAUGUCGACUGGAGUUCUGCUGCUGGUGGCUGGGGUCCUGCAAACCAGAUCUCCCCUUAAAAAUCCAGGAGACUGACUGUCUGCUGGAGAAGGGGUUACUGUAUAUAACUUUACCAUUUAACAGGUACGGAUUGGAUGAUCUGAGAACAAACAUGUGUCUGUGUAAAUUAUUGUACAUUUUUGAUUUAGGUUUUUGGUGCCGGCAGAGAGAGAAACCAGGCAGACAUUUGGAGAGCUUGUCUAUUAAAUGUUUCAUGGCCCUAGCGUCCAUGUCCCAGUGCCUGUGUUUUGUCUCUCAGUCGUCCAUCUAUACAUCUCAGUAUUUGUUUUGUUUAAUUAUAAUCUCCGGAUCAAGUACUGUACAGAGGGCCUGAUCCAGAGUCCACUGGAGCUCAUGGGAGUCUUUUCAUUGACUUCAGAAGGCUUGGGAUCAGGCCUACAGGUUGCUGUUUUUCCACCUCCUCAGACCCAACUUGUAACCAAAUGUUGAGACUUCUGUAAAAACAGGAGUCCGUAAUUGCUACAAAGUUAGAUCCCUCAUUUUUUUUGGAGGGGCUUAUGUAAAUUGUGUGCGUGCGUGUUGAGGUUGGGAAAUCGUUUUCACUAAUAUCCUCACCAUAGGAGCCCAAGUUCUGCUGUUUUCUGGAGGAAAACUGUUGAAAUAAAAAGCCUGUCCAUUGGGAAUUUUCCCACGGGGACUGUUGGGUCAGGCUCAGCAUGGGCAUAGGCAGAAUAAAUUGGUCUCUUCCAUUUUAGAUUCACAGGGCUGGGCUGGGCUGGUCCCACGCAGGGUGUUCAUAGUUUGUUCUUGCAUUCAGGUAGUUUUAAUUCUAGUUGGAGAGUGCAAUUUAAAUAAAUAAAUGGUUUUAAAGCUUCACACUGGCGUUUUACAGACCUGUCCUUUUGCAGCAUAAGCCACUGCUGUCCUGUGUUGAGACUCCUGUUUGUUACUGAAUCAAAACAAGGGUUGGUGGAGGGCAGGGGUGGGGAGAGAAUAAGAAGAAUAAUUUGGUAAGAGACUAUAGAGGUAACUGGACAAUGGUAGUGGCGGGGGGGAAAGGGAGGCGAUUGGAUAAAGAUGAAAAUUUGAACCAGGGAUGUUUCUUCUUAAGGCCAUAAAUUAUUGGGUUUGACACUGCAGGUGCUUUCACUAUGUAUUUUUUUUAAAAUAUAUCACUGCUCUGUUAUACAGUAUGAUUUAUUGCUGCCCAAUGUUUAGUUUCACACAGCAUGAUAAAAUAUGACAACCUCUAUCCUGAAGUUCAUGAUCCGCUGAGGUAAGACAAAUGUGUUCUGCAUUUGUUUUAAUCAAGGAGCCUUGUGCAUCUAGAUAAUGUCGAGGUUCAUCAGAAGGUCAAAGCUGGCAAGACGGUUUAUUCCCAGAUCUUUAACCCGGCAGUCCCUUUUCGUACUGUUGUGAAAGAGCCCUUUGCUAGUGACGCUGCUGAGAAAUGUCUGAGGCUUUUAUACCUUGUACGUUGUGAUCUUGCUCUUCUGAUACAGGAGGAUUAGCUGGUUACAAAGGUAGCUGCUUCUCUUCUCCCACCAUAAGAAGGGCUGUGAAAACCAGUGGGCAUUUGGGAAUCUUUUGGAAAUCUCUAGAACUUAAGCUUCUAAUAUUUACUUUUAAUUUUAGGUUCCACCAAUAAUUUCACCUGUAGCUGUAAGACUUUGACGUCUACAGAUCAGGGUAAUAUAUAAACUCUAAGCACUUGGCAGCCUUCACUAUGCAAACAGUUAAAUUCUUAUUUGAAAAUUAUUCUUGUACUGUUUCUGCAGUCAUCCGGGAAACAAACGGCAAGAACAAAUACCCAUGUGUCAGUCCAGAACUUGAACUUCAAAUGUGCCAAAUUAUGUUUUGAAUCUAGAACUCGUAACAUUCAAGUAGGGUCAAUUCCUUCCACUCUAGAAGCAGUCAUCUUCCUGAACCAAAAAAACACUCUAAUUGUCUCAUGAAUACAUCUUAAUUGGGGCAGUUGAAAAAAGAGAAUAGAAAACCAAUAAAUAAACACAAAGCAAUUGGUGGAAUGAUUGAUUACCGGUGUGUUUUCUUAUUAAACGACAAACCCAGAAAAGGACCAAGUUACUAAUUGUUUCCAUUGUCUAGGUGAUUUCUCAGUUUUAUGAGGUACUGGGUAAGCAUGCUGAAAAGGGGGGGAAAUACUUGUGAAUUUGGGUGUAAGGAGUAUUUUUGGAAGCAUGGUCUGUGUCUCACUGCACUUGCUUUUUUCUGUUCUGGGAAUCUGAGUUGAGAGUUAUACGAUCCCUGGAUUGUAUACAGAGUAGCUGCAGUUUUGUUGUUUGUUUGUUUGUUAUGACUUGAUUAUCCAAGUGCUCAGUCGUUAAUUUCUUGUCAUUCAUCAAAAUGCUCUCUCCUUAUUUUACAAUUGUUUAAUUGCAAACAGCAUCUGUUUGUUACCAUAGAUGGCAAUGUUUUGAAGAGGAUUAAGCCUAUAAUCCUCCAGUUCUCAGGAUUUGAAAUUUCAUAUCUACCUAAAUGAGUCUCACCAGCAACCUGAUCGCCUGCUUGUGUUGACUUUGAGGAUUAGGCCAGAAUUGUUCAACGUGGGUCCCUAAAUCCAUAUUUAGGUGUCUAAAUAAGUGGCCUUGUUUUCAGAAGUACUAAGCAGCCAACAUUCCCAUUAAAAUCAGUAGGAGCUGUGGGAGGUCAGUAGUCCUGAACGUCAGGACUCCGAUUUGGGUGCCUAAGUGUCUUGAUAAAUCAAGGCCAUAAAGCACAUACCUAACUUUAAACAUGGGAGCGCGCCGAUUGACUUAGGCACAAAGUUUGAGUAUUGACCUAUCCUGUUCAGUCCAGACUUAAAUGUAGUGUUAGGCAUCCAAGUUUGAAAAUGUGAGCAAGUAUAAAAGUCCAAACCCUGUGUGGGGCUUGGUUGUAAACACCAUGCUGUGGAUUUUGUAGGUGGCUGAAGUUUGAAUGUGACCAUAACUAUUGGACGCUGCAGUGUACUGGUCUAGGUUUCCAUUGACUGAUGGGUGGGAAUGUGACCAUCUGCGAGAGAGAGAGAGAGGCUUUGAGAGUAUGUUGGUGGCAAGAGAUAGAGAAAUGUGUGGCUGGUCCUGGUGUGUGUGGUAGACCUGAUUUAUUUUUUUUGUAUGUGGAAACAGUUCUGUUUGGAGUUUUCUGGAAGCUGAUGUGGUUUCUGUUGCAGUAUAAAUGAAAGAGAAGAAUUGAGACUUUUAAAGAGAGGAUGAAGGCGGGAGUUAAUUCAGCUUGUUUUGGGAGAGGUGAAAUAAAGCGGUGAUGGUAUUUAUUGUUCAUUCCCAAGGGAGGAAGAAAAAUACAGGAGAAACCAUUCCAGAUUCGCUGCUGGUCCACUGACACAGCUCCACUGUAGUCAGCAGAGUUUCACCUGCUGGUGAAUAAUGCCUAUUAAGUAGAUAUUUGAUCUUAAUGCCACAUCUUGAUCCUAUGGAACUGAUGGGUAUUUUGAUAUUGACUUCAAUGGAAUCAGCAAUUGCCCCAUAAUGUUCUGUAGCAGAGGUGGAGCUAGACCUAGACGUGGUAAGUGCAGUGUUUUUUUGCUUUUCUUUUGAUCAGUAGAGAUCUAGAGAUGGAACUGUUUGUGCAGCAGACCUGCUUCUGCAAUAGUGACUUGCCUGGUGGAAACAGUUGGCAACACUGUGUCCAUGAAAUUGAUUUCCCAACUGGUAAAUCAGUUGUGUGACUUACAGAAAACACCCCCCCCACACACACACACACACACACACACACACAUACAUUCUGUGAUUAAAUGUACUUCCCAGGUGGCGUCACCAUUUGCUAAUGACCAUUUUUUGAAAUGGUCACUGUGAAACACCUUCCCAAUCUCUGUCUGAAAUGACAGAAAACUAAAGGCCUAUUUGAUCAGCCUUCAAGUCUGCCUUUUAAACACCUUGGUAUAGAGUACGGAGUUUUGAUCGGUGAAGAGAAAUUUGUUUUACCUGCAAAGAACAAGGACUGCAUCCAGAGUGGGAAAAUUGACUCCCCCCUCCCCCCAAGUAAAUGUGUGUCUUCUGGCUGUGGUUUAGUGCCGGCCAGUCAGCGAGCAUGCUUUAUCCAGUGUGAUAUUCUAAUGAGAAGUCAUUGCGCUGGUCUGGGUCCAAUUCUGAACAUGUGUCAACUCCCACUGAAGGGAUAGUGAUAUUCUCAUUGUUCUUGCUCGCAGCCAGAGCAGGUGGCGAUAGCCCUGCCUCUGGUAAAACAUGAUCCUGGUAUGGUCCAUGCCUAUCGGGUGGCCUUGAUAUCUUUUUUUUAGCCUUUAUUCUUCGUGGCUCACCCUAACUGUCUGAUCCAGAGCUGGCUUCCUCGUCGUUUCUUUACUGGAUAUGAUACAAAUCAAGCAUAAUAACUGUGAUUGGAAUUAUGAGGUCCAAACAUUUUUGCCGCUAACGCUACAGGGUUCAGCCGAUCUUCAGGUGUGCCACUGGCCUGUGGUGGGACUAAGAGGUGCACUAGUUGUAACAUUGGCCUCCUUUCUUGUAUCAGGUUUUUGAUUUGUUACAUUCACAGAAUACAUCUUGCCGAGCAGUACUUGACCAAUUCCUAUUGCAAUUCUUUUGGGAUAAGCAGUGUUGGUGUGUUCACGUUUCUAGCAGAGUGUCUUCUGGAACAGUCAAGUGAAAAUGUGUUUUAUUCAUUAACGAUUAAAACUCUACGUGCAUUACUUAUUAAAUGAAGACUAUAAGCCAUAUUAUCUGUCAAAGAUAGUCCAAAACAUGACAUAUGGCAACUAUUGUGUAUGUGAAUACACAUGCCAAAAAUUUCAAACUGGUGUUGCCUACGUUUAGAUUCCUAAAUCCAUAUAUAGGUAUCUAAUAAUACCAGCUUGAUCUUUCAAAGGUGCCGAACAGCCUUAGGGCCCAUUGGACAGGAGCUGUAAGUGCUCAGAACCUUUUGAAAAUCAAGAUACUUCUAUUUAAGAGUCAGUCUGAAAAAUGUUUGUUCAGCCAUGAUAAGCCUAAAAUAUGGUGGUCUGGCUUAUGGACCCAGAUUCCUCCAAGAAAUGUCACAAAUCAACAUGAUCAUGUCCUGUACCAUCAUAGUGCCAGCUUUGGCAUCUGUGUAUUUGAUUUGAGUGGAAAGAUGGAAAAAGCUCUAAGCCAUGCAGCUCCAUAUUGCGUGUCUAUCGAGAAUGUCCAGUCAGGGUUUUGGAAUAAAUGUCUGAUAAACAAAUGUCUGUCUGAAGUAUCUGGGCUAAAUCUUCUGAAUUGCCCAAAGGCGCCAAACUGUGCUCCUUUUCCAGGCUUCUGCUUCCCUCAUCUAGUAACCUGUGCUGUCGGGAGGGAUGGCAGGAUGCUGAUGGAAGGGGGAAACAGCACACAGAAGCUUUUGUCCAGCCCUUUCUCAGCUAAAGUUUGGAGCGAUUUAGACCAUCUGCAGUGUUAGAGCAGCAUGAGGACUCAUGGAGCCAUGGGCAUGUCCUAUUGUACAAAGCUUCAGACUCUCUUCCAAGGCUUUGCUUAUACUGUCUUGAGUGAUCGUUAUUGUUUGCAUGCACGUUUCAUCAGAACAGCAGCCAUCUCCACACCCGUGCAUGAUCCGCAGAGGCUUGUGAGGGACUUCCGAAGUUUCAGGGCUGUCUUCUCAGUUUUACUACAAGUUCUUGCAGUGUGAAACUACAAUAUUAAUGUCUCAGGCAGAGAGGGCUUGCUAAGUAGACUGUACUUGUGGUCAUCUCCCAGUUCAUUGAUAGCUUGGACCAAAGGUGGUGCUAAAUAUCUUAAUAUUUGUAAUAUUUAUGUUGUCUUUAAGUAUGUUAUCACAAAGAUGCAGUGUUCUUUUAAAAGAGAAAUCUAGCCCUUGGUUUUAGGACCUGGCAAAACCCCGGAGGGACUUUCAGGGGUCAGGGUUGUUGCUUAUUAAAAUUCGAGCAGGCUUCCUGUAUUUUGAGGACCAGUGGGGGAAAGGAUACUCCGUCUUCAAAUGCUUGCAGAUUGUAAGAUUUGGUUUGUGAUAAUUUUUUUGUAUUUUGUUUACAUCUCCUCUUAUAUGCCCUAAGAACAAAAAUAAAGUUUUUUGAUCA